AUGGCGGAGUUCGGACAAACGGGAAAGUGGCUGGUGGUACCGGUGAAGUUAUGCGUAGCGUUUUUGGGAGCGUACUACGUGUUUAGUGCGUUCUUCGGUUUGGGUUCGAUGAUCUUUAGUGGAUUACCGAUGAUGAUGACUAUUCAUGAUACGGGUACAAUAUUCGGUGCGGAGCCGUCGAUGGAAUUCCUAGAACGGUUCCCCGAAUCUGGCGGUUACCCCUUGGUACCAUGGAUGGGACAGCUGUAUAGUCUGGAAAUGAUCGUUAUGUCCGUGGCCGGUUUCUUCACGUUAUGCGUGAUGCUCUGCGCGUUCUCGGUCUUUGCCAAACUUUUGUACUUCUCUACACUCGUGUAUGGUGGCGUCUGGUUCACCACCCAUCUCGGACUGCUCUACUGCUACCAAAAGCGCUUCUUGCUCGACUUCGUCCCCGGCAUUCGCGGCCAACGUGAGUUCCAGGCUCUCGUCUUCGGUGAGCUUACUUGGCCUAGCAGUUUCUGGUAUCAAUAUGCCGCCAAACUCAUCUUCAAUCUUUACGUCACUUACGCCAUUGCCGAUCUCUACUACUCUUAUUACCUCAUCCUUAAAGCUGGUGGAAGUGGCUGGGAACUUCUUCCUGCCGAAGAACUCCCUGGCUGGGAUAGGUACCAGGCAAAGAUAGCUCACAAAUGGGAAGACGACCAGGAACAAGGCCCCCGAGAGUCCGGACCUCGCCCAGAGGAACUCCAGGCCCUUCUCGAGCAACUCCAAAGAAUGCAGGCGAACGGCGAAGUACCUGCUGGCAUGCUUCCACAAGGCAUGAUGCCACCCGGCAUGAUGCCACAAGGCAUGAUGCCACAAGGCAUGAUGCCACAAGGGGCCUUCCCCCGUCCUAAUGGCCAGGGACCCCCACCCCCUCAGACCGGCAUCACUGUCAGGGAGGAAUGA